UAGACAGAAGAGAAUAUCCAUUGGGGAGGACAGCAGUAACGUGACACUGCCUGCUUCUUCUUCAUAACCGCAUGAGCAGAAGACACGAAAAUAUGAUGCAAUUCUCCUUGAGACUUUACCCCUUUUCUCUGGUGACAUUUUUGUGUCUGAUCAUGCUGCCGUUCGGAACAGAUGCAUCUGAGAAACUGCAAGAAGACCUUUUCACUUACAUUGACACACAUCAGGAUGAGUUUGUUCAGAACCUUAAAGACUGGUUGGCUGUUCCAAGUGAUUCAAGUAAUCCUGAACUACGUGGAGAAGUGAUCAGGAUGAUGAACAUCACAGCUGAUAGGAUCCGAGAUCUUGGAGCCACUGUGGAGUUAGUAGAUAUGGGCUCUGAAAAGUUGCAUGACGGGCAGAGUAUUCCCUUUCCCCCAGCGAUCCUAGCUGAGCUUGGUAAUGACACUACCAAAGCCACCGUGUGUUUUUAUGGACACACUGAUGUCCAACCUGCUAAAAAAGAAGAUGGUUGGAACACCGAUCCUUAUACGAUGACUGAAAUCAAUGGAAACCUAUAUGGACGUGGUGCUACUGAUAACAAAGGUCCGGUGUUAGCCUGGAUAAACGCCAUAGAUACGUACAGAGCUCUGAAACAGGACAUUCCAAUAAAUAUUAAAUUCAUCAUCGAAGGGGUUGAAGAAACAGGCUCUCCUGGUCUAGAAGAUCUAAUUAAGAAGAACAGUAAUUUUUUUGCUGAUGUGGAUUAUAUUGUGAUUUCUGAUAACGUGUGGCUCAGUCGAAAACCAGCUUUGACAUAUGGAACACGUGGCAAUGCCUACUUCUUUGUUGAGGUAGAAAGUGGUAAAAAGGAUUUGCAUUCCGGAACAUUUGGAGGAAUCAUACAUGAAGCAAUGAGGGAUCUAGUAUAUCUCUUAGCCAACCUAGUGGACUCUUCCGGCCAUAUUCUAAUCCCUGGCAUAUAUGAUGACGUAGCUCCUUUGACAGAGGAAGAAAAACGAUUAUACGAGAACAUAGAUUUCGACUUGGAGGAACAUAAAAAUAACACAGGUGUGGAAACAUUCCUGUACAGCACUAAGGAAGAAAUACUUCAGCAUAUGUGGCGGUUUCCUAGCCUCACUAUCCAUGGAAUUGAAGGGGCUUUUUCUGGAACAGGAACCAAAACAGUGAUACCCUCAAAAGUCAUAGGGAAAUUCUCCAUACGGCAGGUUCCCAACAUGCAGAUUCCGGUGGUAGAGAAACUGGUGAAAAAAUAUCUUGAAGAGGUGUUUGCAAAGUUACAUAGUCCAAACAAAUUAACAGUGUCUCUGGAAAUAGGGGCAAUGCCCUGGGUGGCAAAUGUCAAAGAUCCCCAGUAUGAAGCAGCUAGAAGUGCGAUUAAAAAAGUAUUUGGUGUGAUACCUGAUAUGAUCAGAGACGGCUCAACAAUUCCAUUAGCUAAAAUAUUCCAAGAUUUAACAAAAAAGAGUGUGAUGAUGCUUCCAAUUGGUGGAGCUGAUGAUGGCGAACACUCGCAAAAUGAGAAAAUAAGCAGAUCUAAUUAUAUUCAGGGGACAAAGCUGUUUGCAACAUUCUUCGAGGAGCUGUCAAAACUUCAUGAAGAUUUAUUUGCAAAAUCAGAUCCCAAAAAGGUCAAGAUUUCCCAGCUCAUUGGAAGUUAAAUAUGAAAACUCUCAGUAUGCUACAUCAAUACCUGCUAACCACGGGAACCCUUGUAUUGAGCUCUGUCUGAAUGUAGAAAUCCAUUUAUUUGCACUCUGGAGUAUUCUUUUUGGGAAACCAAAACGGACACUAUAUUUGUUACAAUGUUGCUAUUUUUUUUAAACACAUUGGCCCAUUUCCUUUGUAAUUAAAAUGUCAUGGAAAAUGUUUAAACAUGUUGUAGUGGGCAUCAGCGAUAAAAUAUUGCAGACAACAAAUAUGAAAACAUAACAAAAAAGGAAGUAAGCAUAUCAAUAAUAAAAGAAAAGUAUUUUCUGCAGAUAUCA